AUGUCUGUUCUGCGGACCCUGACGCUGCUGGCCAUCGGAGCCACCGUCGCCCUGGCCCAGCGCCGCCUUGCCCUGCCCGAUCCCCGAAGCUGCGCGAACCGUGUCCGACAUGCGACGUACCGCGAUGCCCGGGGAGUGGCCCACUCGUACUUCUUCAGCUGGGAGCACACGCCGACGCGCAGCCUCGAGGUGGAUUGGCUGGACGCGCGCAACAUCUGCCGCCGGCACUGCAUGGACGCCGUCUCGAUGGAGACGCCGCAGGAGAACGAGUUCAUCAAGCAGCGCAUCGCCCGCGGCAACGUGCGCUACAUCUGGACGUCCGGCCGGAAGUGCAACUUUGCCGGCUGCGACCGGCCGGAUCUGCAGCCGCCGAACGAGAACGGCUGGUUCUGGUCCGGUUCGGGCGUUAAGAUUGGACCGACGACGCAGCGGAACACCGGCGACUGGAGCUACACCGGCGGAUACGGCCAACCCCAGCCGGACAACCGUGAAGCCGCUCAGGGUAACGACGAGUCGUGCCUUUCGAUCCUGAACAACUUCUACAACGACGGCCUCAAGUGGCACGACGUCGCCUGCCACCAUCUGAAGCCGUUCGUGUGCGAAGACUCGGACGAGCUGCUGAACUUUGUCCGCUCGCGCAACCCGGGCAUCCGUCUGUAG